CAUCCUGUGUCUUGUGUGGUAAGCUAGUUGGAGAGAGGGGAAGAGUAAAAAAAAGGAGGGAGGGAUUUAUAAGUCAUAUUCGCCCUUUACAUUUCUUGAACAUGAGGGCCAUCACUGUUUUACACUCAGUCUGGAUGAGAAGAAAAGAGGCUGAAGGAGAAACCGUUAAAGGCCAUUUGAUGUUAAUGCGGAGACAAUAAAAAAAAACCUGAGGAUUAAGGGGAGGAUCAGACUCGAUGCUUCUCUUACUGGAGUGAAGUAACGUCACAGAGGAACCUGAUGUCUUCAGGAGAUGAGGAACAUGAUGUUGAUUUUUGCCACAGUUUUCCUCUUGGUACCUGCAGCGUGGAGCCUGGAGCCAGGAACUAAUCAAAGCACCACUGUGACCUCCAGCACUUAUGUUAUCACAAAUCUAAUGUUCAACUCAGGCAGUGAUGUGAACUUGAGCUGCAGUGACAGGACGUGGAGCGAGACGCUCCAUGUGAUUUGGAACAUGACGCUGAGAGACAGAAUAUGUCAGGUCUCCCUCAGCACCGGAGAGAAGGUCCAAGACUCCUGCAACGAUGGCAAGUCUCUCAGGAACACGUCCAGGGCUCAGUCAUACCUGCACAUCCCAAACAUCUCCGCCGCUGACGUGGGCGUCUACAACUGUAACUUUGUUUACAACGGGGGGAAGAAGGACUGCAAGAUCAACGUGGCCAUCACAGUUGCUCCCCGUUUGUCAGCCUGGUUAGAGCGAGGGGACAAGAUGGUGGCAGUGUGCAAGGCUGAAGGAGGAAGACCCGCCGCCAACAUCAGCUGGAGUCACGGCAGAGACCCGCUGCCUGUGGAGACUCCUGAGUCAGAUGGAUCGAUCACAGUGGAAAGUCGUCUGCAGCUCGACGAGGGCACGGACCCAGAGAACCUGACCUGUGCUUUCAGGCACCCAUCCUGGGACCUGGAGAAGACUCUGGGGGUAAAACUCAGAAAAGGUCAGGCUGCCCCAGUUUAUUUUCCUUGGAGGCUCUUUAUUACUGUUGUGGUAGGCAGUACGCUUUUACUGGGAUUUGCCAUAUUUGCACGAAAGAAAAUCCUUAUGUUGAGGGGAUGCCACCAGUGUGACUCAUCCAAAUCUCCAACGAUAGAGGAAGUGGAGGAGGUGGAGCCUUAUGCCAGCUAUGUCAACGUGAGAACUCUUUUUGGAGCAGAGAGCAGAGCAUCUCAGCUCCAUUCUAACUAACACUCGACUGAUGGAACAGGGGAUGCACCUUAUGUCACACCCACUGCUCUGUGUGUGGGCCUCAUGGAGAAAACCAUUAAUAACUUUUAACUUAACUCUUCAGUCGGAUGUGACAGACUUGGUGGGAAGUAACGAAGUAGAAAUACUGUAAUUAAGUAGAUUUUUCACAUAUCUGUACUUCACUUGAGUAUUUAUUUUCCAGACGACUUUUUACUUUUACUUGUUACAUUUUGAACACAAAUUUCUGUAGUUUCUACUUCUUACAUUCUCAAAACUGGCUCCUUACUUAAGCAGCGGAGGUGUGCCUAGAUCUUAUCUUGGCACACCUAGACCUAUCUAUAUCAAAUUUUAGUUUUGAUGUGCUUAUUGUUUGACAGUAUAUUGUGCUGUACACAUUUUCUGUUACUGUAAGCACGAUGUAUGGCAAUUACUGUAACAAUUUCUAUGGCAGUAUGAGUUCAAUAAACAUAUUUUAUGUGAAACCUUGAAUAAAUCUUUUUUCUGUUUGAUACACAUAAUAUUCUGGAAAGAAAACAUCUACUGUAACCAUUCAGUGACCAUUCAAGGACUGAGCCAAGAUUGAAAUGUGCACAUGAGGGAUAUUUCUAUGGUCCACUGCCAUACUGACAAAACAUCUAAACAUUUUGACCUGUAGUGUUUAAACAAUGCCAAAGGGACUUCUCAUUUUGGGGGCACUGACUAUUUGUAUGAGAAAAGGAUUUAGUUUUGACUGAUGAGUUGGCUGUUUUGGGAGAGAUAUGACCUUUUGCAGGUGUGCUAUGGAGUUUUGCUGUACCAUCUAUGUUAUUUUGGCAAAUGUAUUUAAAGCUUUGAGAAUGUCCUGCUUUUUCUGAGAGAUGAGCCACAGCAAUCGAGAAGGAAAUUUUCAUUUUGGGGGCACUGACUAUUUAUAUGAGAAAAUGAUUUGGUUUUGAAACUUGAGUUAACUGUUUUGGGUGAGAUAUGACCUUUUGAAGGUGAUCUAUGUAGUUGUGCUGAACCAUAUGGGCUAUUUUGCCAAUUGCACUUAGAGCUCUGAGAAUGUCAUUUCUGUUUCGUGAAAUGAGCCAAAGCAAUGGAGACAAACUGUAAACUUACUGUGUGAUUGGUGAUCAGAUGUGUGAAACUCAACCUUGAUUACUAAAGUUCUAGUUGCACCUGGAAAUUAAGCCGAUGAUCAAAGAUAUCCUUAUUACAGUAUAUACCAUGAUGUUUUUCAUGGUAUUAUGUGCCUGUAUGAUUUUGACGGUGGAGUGAACUAUUGUGCAGGUGAUGAUGUACACAAUGAAAUUAUGCCAACAUGUUCUGCAGAGAACAACCACUUGACUGAGAAGCGACAGUCAGUUUUGACCAGCAAUAUAUAUUCAAUUGGUAAUUGGGCUAACUGAAGGCAAAUGUACCUAACCGUUUGCAAAGGUGUGCUAAAUCAUUUGAAAUUUGUGCAAGCUGUUGGAAAUUGUACUUGUCAUUGAAAGGAUGUGCUAAUACAAUUGCAAUUUGAUUAAAGGAAUGAGAUAUUCCAAUC